AUGUCGUAUCGAAGUUACAACUUCUCGACCGAACCCUCGUCGACCUCCCGGUUCGGUUCGUUGAGUUCCACGAGCACCGGAAGCAGCUACCGCCCGUCAUACACCUCCGGCACGUAUCGAACGCCUCGGACAACGGCAUCGACCGCACCGCCGAGCUCGACCGUGUCAUCCUUCAUCAGCCGCUACUCGAAUUUAGCCGCCGAAAAAGAUAAGGAUCGGGAGCGGGAAAAAGCGAAGGAGGAAGAGCGCCGCAAGGAGCGGGAGCUGCGCGAGAAGGAACGGGAAAAGGAGCGCGAUCGCGAGAAGGAGCGCCUGAUCGAAACGUCCAAGAAGCUCGAGGCGGAGCUGAAGGAGAGCAAACCAACGCCGCUGAAGAAGUCCACGCUGAUUGCCGCAAAGUACGGCUCGACCAAGGAUCUCUCGGAGGAGGCCGGCGCUAAGAGUGCGGCUGGUGGGAGAGCACCCGCCAGUAAGGAUGCUGGAACAUUGAAGCAGAAAAAGGACAAUGCCCCGCCAGUCACCUUCACCACAAGGUACGGGCGGGCGGGAGUGGCACGGGAUAAGUCACGCGAACCGAGUCCGGCAACGCGAACAAACUCGUCCACAUCGAUUGCAGCCCGACCGAGACAGCGAGAUCCGAGCCCGGUGGCAUCGACGGUUACAGAAAAGGCACGCUCCCGGGAUCCGAGUCCGGCAGUGGAACCGAAACGCACCGGAGGCUACGCGUUGGCGAUAGCUAGCAAACUGUCCGGAUCGAAACUGCCCCAGCAAAACGCUCCCAAUGAGUACCGGAGACAGUCCAGCGGGACAUCCUUUGCGCAAGGAAGGGCACGAUCGCGCGAUCCCAGCCCCACGGUACGGACGCGAACUUCUCGAGAGCCGAGUCCGGCGGAACAGCGACGAAUACAGCUGGCCAAUAAGAUGAUUGCUACGGCGGCCCGUUCCCGCGAUCCUAGCCCAGCUCCGCUGCAGCAGUCCAAAUUGCCCAAACAAGGUACCGCGGGCGAUCCGAAGCAGAGGUUUACCAGUUCCAUCACGAUCAAAACUGGACCAGGAACUCGCUCGCGCGAUCCGAGUCCGGCGGAGUCGAAGAAAAUCCCUACAUUUACCCCAGCGAGCAAGUUACGGUCGCGCGAUCCAAGUCCGGCCGAUGCGAAACGGCAAUCCACGGGCAAUCUUACCGGCCGGAUGUCUCGAACGGGUAACGAAGCUGGUGGUUUGAAAACGCCCACUCUAGGUGCAGGCAAAAAGACACGCGAUCCUAGUCCCGCCAUCAGCAUCAGCAAAGGACGCAGCAGAGAUCCAAGCCCAGCCACGGUGACACGCCGACCCUCGCGGGAACCAAGUCCAGCCGAGUCCGUACGGGAGAAGUACGGGUUGGGUGGAACAAGUGCCUAUCGGCCUUACGGCCGAACAAACAGUGGACUCCGGUUCGGGGCCAGCGCAAGUCCAAUCCCCAAGAGUCCAAUCGGAGACAUGGCGCUAUCUUACAUGACGUCCAGUGAAGCUAUAGCGGCUCGCACCAGCCGACCUUCGUCUCGCCUGCGACUGAACUCCCAAUCCCGCGAACCGUCACAGUGUUCGUCACCGCUGACGGCAAGUCAGAUCUUCUCGCCCGAACCGCGAGCCGUGCCCUGUGAGGAUCAAAAGCGCGAAGGAUCGAGCUCGUCGGAAACUGCCACCACCAGCUCGUCGGAGGAAUCGUCCGAGGAAACGGAGAGCAGCGUCGAACCGGAGCCGAAAAUCUUCAUCGAAGUGACGCUGGUCACUCGUGGAACAUCGCCAACGCCACCCGGUGCGACACCGCUGCUGAGAGCCCGCCGGGCAGAAAUGUGCAAAACGAUCGAGAAGACCAUCCAGAAGCAGCUGCUGCCCGUCGAAACGGCGGACAAGCAGGUACAGUCGGAUCGGUUGGACGACCCAACGAGGUACCUCCGCUAUGGACAACCGUCUGCACGCAGCUGGUCGCCGUUUACCGGGGCAUCGUCACCCACCAUCGGGUACACGCGGUACUCGAGCGCUUCCUCCCGGUACAGCCGGGACAGCCCGAGCUUGAGCCGCGAAACGAGUGUCAGCUCGUCGAAGAGUGACGUCCCGGAGAAGCGCGAACUGUCCACGCUGGCCGCUCGCGUUAAGGAGCUCAGCCUUUCGAAGUCCAACAGCUCCAAGUCAACGACGAGCCGCUCGUCGACGGGAAGCAGUCCGGGAGUGAAGCUAAAGACGCCUCCCAAGCAAAAGUCACCCGAAAAACCUCCACCUGUACCGGCGAAGGAUAGCCCCUCGCCCGUCAAGUCCAUCGCGAACAAGGACUUCCGCAAAUCGGCCCUAAACAUGGGACCCGCUCCAGAGCGUCCCAGGAAAUCGUCCUCGUCGUCAAGUAGAUCGUCGAGCUCCACCACGAGCUCUUCCUCGGCCGCAACGGCCACUCCACUGGUGGAAGCGAAUGGAUCGAACAGUCGAAUCCCCCAGGGCCGUCAGCAGAACGGGACCAAACCGGUCAAACGCUCCGAUCGGUCGGCCUCGGCCAGCUCGGAGGAUACCAGCGUUGGCAGUGCGUCGUCGGGAGCCGACACCGAUCGGGAGCAGUCGAUCACGCGUACGACGGCGAAUGAGCUGGACGAGGCGAGUGCCGCGACGGACGCGUCCAACGCCAACAACGAGCUGCUCAUGCGUGCGAUCCAGCUGGCGACGACGUUUGUCAACAACCAGAACCGCGGCCCAGGCAGUUGGUAUGACAACGCUAGCACCACCAGCAUGGCCGACAGCUUGGUGGCGGAUCCCAGUGGGAAGUCGGGUUGGGAGGCGGGCACGCACUACAUGGAGAGUAUAAAGGAUGACUCCAGCGAGGAGGAGGAAGAGGACGACGACGAACAGCAAGGGGACGGUGGCGAUAAAUCGGAUCUACAGCAAGCGACCUGGUGGAGACGGUCGGGUACCUUCCAGCAGACGGCCACCGUGCAGGACUCGCCCCCCAACGCGCGCAGUUUCACCUAUCGCAUAAGGCGUGUCGAAUCCGGUGAGAAACCGUGGUGGCUUUCAGAUGAGGGAAACAAACCGGUACCGGAGCUGGAACCAGAUGCGAACGAUCUGUCGGCUGGUGAUGCCGAAGAGGAGGGCAAGAACAUGGGAAAUGUCACUGACGAUGGUCGUACAACGGCAACGAGUCUGUUCGAAAGCCAGACGCUCAGUCCGUUCCGUCCGAUAAGGAUUACGCGGGGGGAAUCGGGUGAGCGUGCCUGGUGGAUGAAGAGUUCAGAAAACGUGGCCACCAAGAGCUCCGGUGAGGCGAGCAAAGAACCAAGCAAGGAGCAAACACCAGAGUCCGUUGGCAAGAAGAGCCCGGGCUACACGGUGUUCAAGCUGGAAGCGGAAGAUGAAGCGUGGUGGGAGGAAGCGAUGGCGGAUCUCGCACGCAAGGAGCAAUCCUCCGGUAGCAGUCCGAGCAGCUCUUCCGGAAGUCGUGAACCUUCGAAGGAACCGUCGAAAGAACCGACGCCGGAACCUCGCAGCCAGGGAAUCACGCUCACCCGUGUGACGUCCGGUGAGAAGGCGUGGUGGUUGUACAGCUCGGACAAAGUGAACGAGCUGGACUCGGUCGCCGAAACUCGGGCACCAAAUGAUGGUGAAAGUGCGGAGUCGGUGCGUGAGUGUAGCCCGGUGAAGGCGAAACCGUUCAAGAUUACUCGCGUCGAGUCCGGGGAGCAACCGUGGUGGAUGCUGGAGACCUCCGACGCUCCCGUGUCCCGGUCGGGCUCGAAGUCGAACGUGGUGAGCCGCUCGAACAGCUUCAACUCGAAAUCGGGCGCCAAGCAGACCAGCCCCACCAAGUACCGCAUCACCCGAGUCGAAUCGGGCGAGAAGGCCUGGUGGAUGGCGAGCGAUAGUACGGAGGAGUCCGGUGGAAGUCCGCGUAAGCUUUCCUCCUUCGUGGAGCAGCACGGCGAGGAGGAAGCGGACCAACAGAGUGCGGACAUUGAGGCGCAGGUCGAGCAGGAGCUCCAGAGUAUCACCAACUUUGUCGCUGGUUUGCCAAAGUUCCCGACCGGUGACUUUACGAUCGAGCAGAUCGACGAAACACCUCCGCUGGGUGAUCGUGCCAGUCCGGAAGGGGUGGAGGAUAGCCGCCCAUCCGGUCGAGCGUCCCCGUACGACAACAUUCCCUCCACGAUGCCGAUUUCGGCGCUCAGUGUGUCACCGGCCCCGGCAAUCCACGUGGAAAAAGGUACGACCGUUCCGCCCGUCGGUUCAUCGACACGCAAGGAAACUCAAUCACCGAUCUUCAUAUCGCGCCACACCAACAUCGACGAUCUGCUGGGAGGAUCCUGCCACCCGCUCAGUCCGAUGAUGGACCGCAUGUUCAUCAUGGACGGCCUGCAGGAGAUCACCCCGAAGGACGUCCGGGUGCACGACAGCACGCCGCAGUUCAUCGACUACGCCAGCGCCAACAGAUCACAAACACAACCGUCGUUGAAGUUGGUGUGGGUGGAGGCGCAGUGCACAGGGGGCGCCUAG